UGCAGCGAGUAGUGACGGCUGUAUCGCUGAGAAGUAAGAUCUAAAGCUUUAAAGUAAAAUCGUUUAUGCCGUUUACGUCCCGUGAAAAACGUUGUGAAGUCCGAAAUGCUCGUAACUAAAAGUUUGGGGAACUCUGGCUACAUGUUGGUUAGGUUUUACCAGACGUUGAAUGUUUUUACCGGUCGAAUCUAUUGAAUGGGAAGGGUUUGAUCAGCAAAUAUGGUUCGAUGUAAGGGCACCAAGGUGCUUCCAGCAUUCUUCGCCUGGGCAAUCUUAUUAAUUACGACAGCUCUUUUCUUUUAUUUUCCAUGUAUGUGGUUUUACGAGAAAGUCUCGAUACUCAUUCCACUAUGCGAAGCUGUGGUGACUCUCUUUGUAAUAGCCAACUUCAGUCUGGCAACAUUUAUGGAUGCAGGAGUAAUUCCUAAAGCAUCUCCACAUGAGGAUAAAGAUGACGAUUCACGCGCUCCGCUCUACAAGAACGUGGACAUUAAUGGAGUGACAGUGCGGAUGAAGUGGUGCGUCACUUGCCAGUUUUAUCGGCCGCCCCGGUGCUCUCACUGCUCCGUUUGUAAUAAGUGUGUUGAGACAUUUGAUCAUCACUGCCCGUGGGUCAACAAUUGCAUCGGUCGUCGCAAUUACCGCUACUUUUUCCUAUUCCUCAUUUCAUUGUCGUUGCACAUGGCAGCCGUCUUUAGCUUCUCGACUUACUACUUGAUACAGCACAAGGACAGUCUCACCCAGGUACCCACUGUCGUCUCACUUUGCCUCGUUACACUCGUGGGCAUCCUCUCCGUGCCCGUUUUUGGGCUCGCCGGUUUCCACGUGGUCCUCGUUGCCAGAGGAAGGACGACCAAUGAACAGGUGACGGGCAAGUUCCGAGGCGGCUUCAAUCCCUUCUCGAGAGGAUGUGGCGCCAACUGCUGCUACGCGCUGUGUGGUCCGCAGUUCGCCAGUUUGGCUCAACCGACGCGCUACGUGGGUCGAAAGCCACACCGCUACACGUUCAGCUCGGCUACUAACAACAUCCACAAUGUCGACGUAUCCCCCGAUCAAGUUAAGGUGUAUCUCAACUCUGGAGGACACGCCAAGGGCAACGGAACAGGACCUGGAGUUACCUACAACAAAUUGCAGUUGUCACCCUCAAGACCGGCUGCCAUCAGCAUGCUGGAAACGAGAAACGGGAUUGCUGACGAGAUGGAUGAUGAAAUGGAGUUGACUGAAUUCUACGCUGGCGCUGGCAGCCAAUCAGUGGAUUGCGAAGCUUCACCUCCAGCUCUCCAGAGAGGAGGCUCCAAAUCGAAUUUCUUUAUUGUACCGGCCAACUCGAGCUACGGAAUGCGACCCGGGGGAGAUUUGCAGUCCGACAUGACGGACAAUUCUUCUCCACGCCGGAUGACCACAGUGCAAACUCUCCGUGGGCCCAACGUUCGCGGAUCGCCCCACCCUUUUAGAGCCAAUCGAGGAGGGGACGGCCAGAGAUCGAGAUCUCACACACCCGAUGAUCUGUUGAACGCCGAUGCGGCCGUAAUGGGGACAAAUUUUGCCCGCCCUCAAUCGAUUCACGACGUUCAACAUACUUCCAAUGCUGGGGCAAACUUGCAACAGCGCUUGCGCGCCAUUGGCGGCGUCCCUACUCCGUUCGCUGUCCCGCCUCGCGGCGUCUACGCCGAUUACAGCCGACAGAGGUCUGUUACGGCAGCAGGCUACGCCCCGGAACAUGGAAAUAAUGACUACCGGGUCGAUCCGGGUAUCGGUGGUGGAUCGCCAACCUAUGACUACAGCUCCUCCGGCUACAACUCACGGCUUCAACAGCCAGCAGCUCAAAGACGAGUCAAUUCGGAGGGCGAGUUGUUGUCGUCUUAUCACCGAGGAGAUGACGGCGUCAUGAACUAUUCGAUGCCUAUGACAGAUCGUCGCUCACCAGACACGUACCACGAGGCGUUGUACUCUUCGCCGGCCCGACCAGGGGUCUAUUCCCCGACAGCACACGUCAACAAUCGGCCGAUGCCUAUGAGCACAGCGUAUCGGAUGAUGGAAAACGGCCAGCAAGAUAUGGUGGGCCCGCCAUCGGCUAAGCAGUCUCGUAGCCAGGCUCCGACAUCCAGUGUCUACGAAGUGAACUAUGAGAUAUCAGUGUAAUGCGAGAAAAUGUGGUUACCACUCGAUCCUAUCGAUCCCACCAGUGUGUGUGAAUGAAACUAGAUUCUUCGUCGCCUCAGCCAAAAAAGAACUCGGAAAGAAAAAAAAAUCGCUCACGGACAAAAAAAAAAACAAGCAAAUGAACUAGAGAUAUAAAUAUGGAAGGAAAGAAAAAGGACAAUACAAACCGUUGGUCUCUCAUCUCAAACUUGCCAUCGCCUUUCCUCAAGAGCAGACCAGACGAAAGCAAGUUAAAACAGGAAGCUCCGCCAUUAAAAAACAAUUGUAAAGACAUUUCUCUGUUUGGUUUUAGUUUCUUUCUCUUGGUCUGUUGUAUCUCUGGUCUUUGUCAAAACAAUUUGAAAGUGGGCGAAUGUAUGAAUGUGGGUGUAUUUUGAGCGUAGAGGGGAAAUCUUUUCCAGUGUGAUUGCCAGAACUGUUUCUUGUUUAUAUGAUUAGAGCGCUAAUAUGCCGUGUCAGAUGAGACUAUUGAAAAAAAAAUCGCUACACUGGUGGGUUGAGACUAGUCCACUCAUCGGGUGUAUUAUCACGA